AUGGCUCUCAGGGUGGCCUGUGAGCAUUGCCGAGCGUUCUCAAAGGAGAGCUCACGGAUAGGAUCAGACGAGCCGUACCUCCUAGGAAGGUUCACUAAGCCCAUAAUUGGAGUUUUCCUAGGAAACACCCGGGCAAUUAAUCUGUUUGAGAACUCUAGUGGUCCCCAGAUGGUCCCCUCAUUCACGAGAAGCGAGAAUACCAUGUUUAUUAUUCUGGUUUCAAGUCAUCCUGUGCAGUGGAGGAAUCUCAGAAACAAGCAUCAGGCUCAUAACCUGAACUCAAUGUCUUUUCUAUCAGACGUACAUGUUUAUGGCAUAAUCUCUUCCUCGUUCUCUUCCCCCGGGGUAGCUUCGUCUCGCGAGCAUUGCCAAGAUCUAUCGCCUGGAAGGUCUUCGAGCAGAAAGACAAGGGAAGCGUUCGGGAAAGUCAUCGAGAAUCGCGUCGUGUGUGAGCGAGAUGGGCAUUAUGCAGCUGAUGAUAAAGAGGAAAAAUGA